AUGCCAAGUGCGGAAACAAAACAAAGCUAUCCUAAUUGUCGUAAAUACGAUAUCUCAAAAGCGAAAGUCAGAGGGACUGGUGAUAUCUCGUCAGUAUUUUCGUCUUUUGAAAAUGCUGAUACAGUAGGUCUUCCACAAGAGUAUGCCGAGGUAAAGAAGAACUUGGUUAAAAAUAAAGAAGCGAUAACUGCAAGUUGGCACAGAUUGAAGAAGGCUUUAGCUGAUGGAAUCCAAGAAAUUAAAGAAGUGGGACCUGAAAUAAUUCCAAAAGUUCUGUUCUCAGAAUUAGGAAAUUUGAGUGAAGAACAAACACAGCAGAUUAAAAAGCGUGGCUCUUUGAUUAUUAAAAAUGUUAUUCCUAAAGAAGAAGCUAUUCAAUUAAAAAAGGAUGUGAUCGAUUAUAUUGAUGCUAAUCCAAACACAGAAGGCUUUCCUAAAGAUAAGAAAGUUGUUUAUGAAUUAUAUUGGUCGAAGUCGCAAGUUAGAGCUCGGUCUCAUCCUCAUGUAACAAAUGUUAUGUCAUAUAUGAAUAAUUUAUGGCAUGCUUCUCCUGAAAGUGAAAUAUGCUUUGACCAGAAUAUAUCUUAUGCUGAUCGUUUACGUAUUAGAAAAGCAGGCGAUGCUCUUUUUUCACUUGGUCCUCAUGCAGAUGGGGGAUCAUUAGAAAGAUGGGAAGAUGAAGAAUAUAGCAAUUGCUAUACGCCAAUAUUUGAAGGGAAUUGGGAAAAUUUUGAUCCUUAUGAUGCAACCCACAGAAUUGAGGCUAAAAUGGAUUUACAUGAAUCAAGAGGAACAUGCAGCAUGUUCAGAACAUUUCAGGGGUGGUUGGCAGUUUCCGAUAUCGCACCAAAGGAAGGUACCAUCCUCUUUGCUCCACUUGUGAGAGAGGUAACAGCGUAUUACAUGCUAAAACCAUUUUUUGAUGAAAACGAUGAAUUAAGACUUGAUUCUGAUAUACCUGGUGCAUUCCCGGGUAAGGGCUUGGAAUUUAAUGAUAAAACUCACCCUGAAAUGGAUCUUAAUAAUUUGAUGGUUCUGGUUCCUAAGGUUGAACCUGGUGAUAUGGUUUUCUGGCAUUGUGAUUUAGUUCAUGCAGUUGAUCCAGUACAUAUAGGUGAGAAUGAUUCUUCGGUAUUCUAUAUUCCUUCAGUUCCAUUAUGUGGAAUAAACGUGGAAUAUGCCUUUUUACAGAGAGAAGCAUUCUUGAAUGGAUUGGCAGGACCUGAUUUUCCAGGCUUCCCACAUGGAACUGCCGAGACACAGCACAUUGGCAGAGGAACACCUAAAGAUGUUGUGGAAACCGGAGGAAAAACUGCAAUGAGAGAAUUUGUCUUAGAAAAAUUUGAGGAAAGUCAAGAAUACACAGUUGGAGCCAACAAGGCUAUCAGCAAGGCUAAUAACACUCUAUUCAAAUAG